GACAAUUUCCGUCAUGGCUUGAACGGCGCGUUGUGUGUUGCUGUACAAAGUUCGCGAGUGAUGUUUCUACCCGCGAAACAUGUUUCAGUCGACGAAAGUGGUAUUUUUGGUGGAUGUAGCGUCGUUCUUCAGCCGCGAAGACCGACUGAAUGUCGCUGACUACCAGCAGGCCGUGAACGCGGUCAAAUACUGCUGCCUGAAGUUUCUCACGCACUUUGGCACGAACAGGACCCGGUGGGGUUACAAGUUUUACAACAGCAACGGCCUUGCCCGUCAGCGUAUGGAGAAGCGCCUAUUCUGCGAGUUCAACCUGGAAACUUUCGAUGAUUUCGAGGACGAUCUCGUCAGGCGAUUUGAACACUACAGGCAAGCGUGCGAAGCAAUUGGCCGCAGUGGUUCUCGCAACACAACCGAAAAAGAUCCCCCCUGCAGUGUCCUGCGUGCUGCACUGACACAGAUAUUCUCUGAAUACCAGUGGGACGCUCCUAGCCUUUCGUCGCCCGUCAAGUGGAAAUCGAGAAAACGUAAGAGAAAGUGUGUGAGCGAAACCUGCGAAGGUGAAGAGGAUGUGAACUACGUAUUUAACAUAUCGCCUUGCCCGCAUACCGACGUCGAUGUUGCCGCCUUCUUGGGCAGAUCAGCCACUGCAUGUGCGGAUGUUGCAGAUGAAAUUCUCCCCGCCCACGUUCGUCGCCUGCUGUUCGCCAACGCGUCGGUCAAGUUUUUCUGGAUUGACACGACAUCCCUGGAAGUCACCCUUGACCGUGGCACGACAGCUAGCCCCAAGCUUCGGAGUGCUAUAACGGCUCUUGGAGGAGACGUUAUAUGUAUAUCAACGCUUGUAGCUGCUGGAAGUGUUUGUCUAGGCCCGGACGGACGGGUAGCAACACAUGGGCCCCUUAGUGCUGUUCCUUUUUGUGAUGUGGCUGGCUCUUAUUUUUCCACGGCCAUCGGGCACAAGGCUCAACAGCCAAUGACUCCCGUAGUGUAUAACGGGACCCACAUUGGAUCGGCUGUGCUGUGCCAUAAUUCCUCUCGCGUGACCGAGGAGCCUGUCGCUGCUGAAGACUGGAAAGAGAUACGGAUAUUGUGUAGAACACAACAAGAUGCUAGGCUGUGUAUUUUUCAGUCCACUCGGGUACAGAUAUUUCGCUGUGCUGGCACGAGCUUGCAUACCUACUCAAAGACUUCUGCCACUGCAUUGAGUGAAAUGCUGGCCUGUCUUGUGAAUGACAACGGUGCACUUUUUGUUGAACUGUCAUUGAACCACUCUUGUCUUAGACACUCUGGUUUUCUGUUCCCCAUAGAUUAUGCUUCAUUUUCUGUGCACAUUAUCACAGAGCCAGCUGUGAUGACACCAAUGGCAUUGUCAGAAAAUGCUGGCAAGGAAUUUGCAGAUGGUAACAGAGAUGAAAUGAAACAAAUGGGCAUCCUGUGGAAAAGUAGUGCAUGUUCACGUUUGGAGAAACCCUUUGCGGCAAAUGUGCUUGAAAGGUGGUUUGUCCCUACUUCCAUCAGUUGUGUAGUUGAUACUAACAGCAAGCAGGCACAUUCCACUUCUCAAGACUACAUGCUCAAGUUGCUGCGACGAGAGUACCGGACAAAACUCCCAGUCAGUAAGGGCAAGGGUGAACAUAGAAUUAUGAGUGAUGAGCCCACGCGACCAGUGUCUGUGCCUAAUAUGCGCAGAUGCCUUAGUGUUUCUUUUCCUGUUGUGUCUGCAUCAGAGGAGACCAUUGAAGCCACCUCACUUAGCCAAAAUGCACUUGUUGCAACACCUUGCUCUGAUGUUGACCAACUCGUCAUUCAUCUCAAGGAAUGUUAUGAUGCUGCACUUGAUGCAGAAUUGCCAGCCUCCUUGUUGACAUGUGCCCAGAACAUAGUCAGUGUGGUGAAGCGGCUUGCUGAAAGUCAACAAAGUGAACUAAGUAGUAGUGAAACUGCUUGCAAGGUGCUUAGGACUCACUUCACUUUGAGCUGUGUUCAAAUUGCAGAGAAGUAUGUGAACCAUAAAGAUGAUGACAGCUUCAAACGUCGUGUUAAUGAAUAUCAGCUGCAAGCACUGUUGGCACUGGAGGAGGAAGUGAACUUUCAGCCAGCAGGCAAUUGUGUGGAAAGAGUAACAUCUCUGCUUCGAACGCUUUCCUUUAUUUACAACCCAGCAUGUGCUAGUGAAUUUUUGAAAGGAAUUGUGAGCGCCACCUAUCUAGCAACCCUUAAAGACAUUCUUACGGAAAUUGCAGAGGAGCUAAACAUUCAGAUUCUUUCCACUCAGCUUGAUACUUCGCUUGGUUCUGAAGGGGACUUUUUUCAGUUGGGAUCUGUUCCCUCUAUGCAGUCACAGGAGUCGUAUCUGUCAAGUAUUCCAUCGUCACUCAGUUUAAUGCGGGGUACUGACAGCACUAAUGCUGCGGAGAACAAAGCUUUGGUCAGAGUGGACCUUUCGCAGCCACUAGCACUUGAGAAGCGUCAAAUUGUGGUAAAGCAGGCUUCCACAAAGCACAGAGGAAGUGAAUCCAAAUCAUUAAGAAAACAUGCAAAGAGGGCAAGGACAGAGGAUGUGCAGAGUAAUGAAAACGAAGUAGGUUGCAAAAAGUCACAAAGGGGCAUAACUUCAACACCAAAAGCAAAACGUCGUCGUGUCCUAAAGACAACAUUUGUACCAGAAACACCUCAUGGGAAACAAGGAAGGAAGGCCGUUCAGCGUCGGCAAGAGCUACUGAGGAAAAAAUGUAGUGUUACGAUCACAUUGCCAGUAGUGGAGGAAACUCCUGAAAAGAAACACUUCUUUCAACCAACAACUUCAAAAUCUCAGACCCCGGUUAAAUAUUCUGCUGUGGAAAUUCUGAGCAAUGCUGAAAUGCAGUAUGCUCAGAGCAGCACAACACCAAAGAGGAGCCUCCGGCCAAAGAUGCUUUUUUCUCAUGUGCAAGCAACGCCACCUGAGUGGAAUAGUUCAGAAUGCCUGUUCAGUUCUCCCAUCAGUGAUGUUGAGCAGGUGCCCAAAAUUGAGAAGACACCUAAAAAAUUUGCGUCUAGAGGUAGCGAGUUACAUACAGGGAAUGAACUACGGUGUACCGUGACACCACGAAGAAGAGUUUCAAAGAAACUUUUGAGUUCUCCUUCAACACCAAAGUCCGCACUUCAUUUUUCCAGUAUUGUUGAUUCAUCUCCAGCCGUCAAGCGAAUGCUCUCAAAGUCGCCAACUACCACUUUGACAAGGCAGACAUUGUUCCCAAAGACUGAAACACCAAGACAGUUGUUCAGUAUGAAAAGUCACAGAAGCUCACCGGUUAAGACUGUAGACUCGUUGGACGAUCUAGUGGCAGCUCAGGCUAGCUCUGAUACCCAGUCAUUUUCCACCUCUACAGAACAAAUUUUACGGGCAGACAAUGAUGGUGUACUGACUGCGACUUCUGCAUCAUCAGAAACCUCUGUUAGCUCACCAGUGUUGCCAGAGUGCACAUCUCGCUUUACACGUAGUAAAUCGCGUGAAACAGGCCUUUCACCACACGAACUAUUUGUAUUAUCCCAGAGGAGCCCAGUGAAAAAGGGAAACCAUGUGUCUAAGAAGAGAGGGAACAAAACAGUGGGUUGUGCUAUGUUGAAAGACAAUGACCAAACUCCAAGACACAGAGUGACAAAGAAAGUUUCAUACACUCCUCCAUCUGCACUGAGUUUGUUACACCUUACUAGCUCUCCCAUGCUGUUAAAGAAGACCAAGUAAUUGUGCUGGUGGGAUGUUUUAAUGAGUGCAUUUAUCUGUACUUUUAUCUUUAGUGCAUACUGGGCAUGUUCUGAAUGUUGUUGGUGUUUACACCUGGCAGAAAUAAUGUAAGUAUGUACAGAAAAUUGCUUUGUAUUACACGCCAUUUUAUGCUCAAAUGAGUGUUGCUUAUUGUACAGGGAAGAGUGCUGUGUGAAUGUCUGAAAUAAUCAAUGUAAUUUUACAUCAU